AUGCAUAAAAUAACUUUGCAGCAGAAGAGGCAAUCCAUGAUUAAAAAUAAGAGCGAGAUAUAUCCUCAGAAGAGCCUAAAUCUGGGUCAGAAAUCCAAAAGUAGAGGAAAAAGCAUGAAUGGGAAAAUAAAAGUUGUUGUUAGAAAAAGACCAAUAAGUGAAUCAGAAAAAAAAAGAAAAGACAAUGAUAUUAUAACAGUUAAGGACAAUUGCACAAUUUAUAUAGACGAGCCUAGAUAUAAAGUAGACAUGACUAAAUAUGUGGAAAGACAUGAAUUUACUGUAGAUAAAGUAUUUGAUGAAACAGUAGACAAUUUUACAGUAUAUGUAAAUACAAUAAAACCGUUAAUUAUAGACAUUUUUGAAAAUAAUUGUGUGUGUUCAUGUUUUGCUUAUGGCCAAACUGGUAGUGGAAAAACAUAUACUAUGUUAGGCUCACAACCAUAUGGUCAAAGUGAAACACCAGGAAUAUUUCAAUACGCAGCAGAAGAUAUAUUUAAUUUUUUAACAUUAUACCAUAAUGACAAUACUAGGGGAAUAUAUAUAUCAUUUUAUGAAAUAUAUUGUGGGAAAUUGUAUGAUUUAUUGCAGAAAAGAAAAAUGGUUGCUGCUCUGGAAAAUGGAAAAAAGGAAGUAGUUGUAAAGGAUUUAAAAAUUUUAAGAGUUUUAUCUAAAGAAGAAUUAAUUUCAAGAAUGAUUGAUGGUGUUAUGUUAAGAAAAAUUGGAGUGAAUUCUCAAAAUGAUGAAUCAUCUAGAUCACAUGCAAUUUUAAAUAUCGAUUUGAAAGAUAUACAGAAAAAUAUUUCUAUAGGAAAAAUAGCAUUUAUAGAUUUAGCUGGAAGUGAAAGAGGAGCAGAUACCGUUGCUCAAAAUAAACAAACUCAAACGGAUGGUGCAAAUAUAAAUAGAUCUCUUCUGGCAUUAAAAGAAUGUAUAAGAGCUAUGGAUUCUGAUAAAAAUCACAUUCCUUUUAGAGACUCUGAGCUCACAAAAGUGUUAAGAGAUAUAUUCGUUGGGAAAUCCAAAAGUAUCAUGAUAGCAAACGUUUCUCCCACUAUUAGUUCCUGUGAACAAACUUUAAAUACAUUAAGAUACUCCUCUCGAGUUAAAAAUUUUAAACAUAAAAUGAAUUCUAAUGAAGAGGAAGAUAAUAAUAACGAAAAAAUAAGUAUUCAUGAUUCCAAAAGUGGAGAAUUAAACAACUCCUCCAGUGUAGAAAUUGUUACGAUGAUGUCAAAUACAAUCAUACCAAGUAACAAAACGAAUAUCAAAUCAAAUGAAUUAAAGGAGAAGGGAGGUACCAUUACCUCUAAUAUUAAUGCUAAUGGAAGUAUGAAUCCAAUUAGGAACGGCAAAAAUGCCAUGAAAAGUAAAGAAAAUACAAAAUCUAAUCAGAUAAAAUACAACUCAGUGAAUGAUAUAGACAGAAUAACACAAAAGAAAAAAAAAAAAAAAAAAAAUCUUCUAAAUUUUAAAAGUAAUAAUACAAAUUAUGAUAGCAUUUCUAAGAAGCAAAAUUAUAUUCAACAUGGUUACACCUUUUCAGAUACAUCGGAUUUUUCUUCCCUCGAUGAAAUGAAUUGUAGCCUUAAUAACAAUAACAAAAACGUGUUUCUAAGAAACAGAAAAAAUCUAAAACAGGGUAUAGUGAAGAAUAGAAGUAGUUGUGAUGCCAUCUCUAGCAAAACAAAGAGGUUUGACGUGCAGAUUUCCAGACACAGUGCUGGAAGCAAGCUCACGAAUUUUUCAAACGAUCGUGAGAAGUUUAAGGAUAAGUCAUUUUUCAAGGCCUCUCCUCCUUUCGCUAACCUCGUCAAUUCUGCAAAUAUGGCCAAUUCUGCUAAUAUGGACAAUUCUGCUAAUACAGCCAAUUGUGGCAGGAGAAACGACAAGUUUUCCAGCCUUCACGUCCGACAAGUAAAUGAAAGAGACAAAAACAGAGAAAGUGAUAACAUAUUUUAUGAUGCUAUUUCGAACACAUCAGACAACGCAAGUAAGUUUUUUCCCCAAAGUGGACAAAAUUCUAAAAAUAUAUUUAACAUUAAAGGUAAAAAUAAAAACAAUCAAUAUUUAAAUAGUACGAGUGUUGGAAUAAGCAAUACAAUAAAUUAUGAUAAUAAUGAACUUGGUAGAAGCAGUUCCACUGUUGAGAUAAAGGAAAGAGGUACAAAAGGUACAAGUCUUUUUAUUAAUAGUGAGACAGAAAAUACAAUAAACAUGGAGAAAUCUAAUUUAGAUACGUCAAUAAAUAUAACAAAUAUGAAUUCAGAUUCAAGAAGCAUUCAGUUUGAUAAUGUAUCAAUGAAUGUAAUGAAUUUGGUACCCAGUGUUCUCUCACUUGAUAAUAUAAGUGAUGUGAAGGACGACAAGAUAUUGGAUGAUGUGCAUGUCGAUAUGUGCGAACUAAAAGAUAGUAAUAAUUAUGAAAAAAAUUCUAAUGAAUUGUCGAACCCUCACUAUGGCUUUAGUCAAAACAAUUUUAACCAUUUUAACACGAUUAGGAGUGCAGAAAUUGAUCCCAAUAAAAUUGUAAACAUUGUAGAAUGUAAAAAAAAUGAGAAUUCACAAACAGGUAAUAUGUGUAACAAAAAUAAUACAGAACAAAAUAGCUUCUUAAAUGCAGAAUAUGCGAAUAUGUUUCAAAAAAAUGCAGAUAACAUGUUGGAUAAUUGUUUAAACACACUAAAUAUAAGUAACCUUUAUGAAGAUACACAAGACAUAUUAAAUAAUAUUUUGUUAUCAAAAUAUACAGCAGAUAAAGAAAAAGUGAUUAAAAAAUAUAUUAACGAAGAUGUGAAUAAUAUGAGUUUAGAAAAAUUAGAUAAGUAUGCUCAAUUAAUAUAUGAAAAGAGAAAAACUACAUUGAAUAAACUACUUUUAUUAUUUAAAAAGAAUGUGGAUAUACAAACAAAUAAUGAAACAAGCGAUUUGAAAAAAGAUCUGGUUAUGUGUCAUAUAUGCAGUAACAAUCCUGAUGAUCAAUUCCACUUUUAUGCAUACAGCAGAUUAGAAAAGGACAUGAUCAAUUUAAUAAUGCUGCGUCAGUUGUGGUGUGAAAGCGAAAACUUGCGACAACUCCAUCAGUACUUAAUGAUAGAAUAUCAAAAUAAAUCAGCCAACUUAAUUACCUUUAACGUCUUUCCCAAUAACAUUGCUAAUACUUCAUUAAGCAAAAAACAUAUCGAAGACCAGAAGGCACAAUCGGAUGCUAUGUUUAGCAAAUCUGAUAACUUUCCUGGGAAAAUGGUAAAAUGA